AGAAAACUCAAACCAACCCAUCAUCAAAUGUUCCCCCUCAUCUCCUCUCCUCCAAUAUUAUUCACAAACACUUCCCUCCUCAUCUCCUUCACUUCUCUCUCUCACCACCACCACCAUGGAAUCCAUAACCCACCACCACUCCUCCACCGUCGACACCUCUCGUCCUUUCACCUCCGUCAAAGAAGCUGUUGCCAUCUUCGGUGAAAAGCUCCUUACUGGCGAACUCUACUCCUCUCCGAAUCCAUUCUCAGCUCCCAAACAAUGGAACUUUUCCCUCACGAAAACCAAAGAGAGUGACGACGAAGAGCAAAAAACCCUAGCAGAAACCCUAAACAGACUCGAAUCGGAGCUCAAAGAGACGAAGACGGAGCUGAAGCUUUUGAAGGAGAGAGAGUCGGAGACUGAGGUGGCUCUCGCUUCGCUCAACGCGGAGCUUCACAAGAACAUGUCGAAGAUGGCGAAAGCCGAGGCGGCUGCUGCGGGGAAUGCGGCGGCCAAGGCGGUGGCGAGGACGGGAAGUGCGAGGAGGGAGGAGGAGGUGAGGAAGAGGGACAUGAUUGUGAGAAUGGAGGAGGAUAAGCCAACUUUGGCUCAGGUUUUGGGUAUUGGUGAUGAGGAAGGCUUGUUUGGAGGAAGAGAAAAUGGGAGGAAAAUGAUGAUGGUGAAGAAGAAAAAGAAGAAGCCUAUUAUUCCUCUUGUGGGAGACUUGUUUUUUAGGAAAAAAGGGUCUUCUGCUAGUCUUCGGAGUUCUCUCUUUUCAUCAACCCAUGUGUACUUAAAUUGAAAACAAUAUUGGUUGGGUUCACUUUGUGACCUAGCUAUAAUAUAUGCAUUAGCAAUAAGUUUAGGAAUAUAAAUGAGACAUUUAAUCAUAUUUUGUAUUGAUGGACAAGAUUUUUCAGUAUUCCCAUUGAUAAAUCUUUGUUCAUUCAUUUAUGUGUUUUCGGUUUUGAUUUUGUGUUUGGUUUAUGUGUUUUGAGACUUACUUUCGCCCAACUUGAAACUUGUAAUUAGUGGGAUGUUGAGGAAAAUUUACAUGUUUUUUUUGCUGGUUUUAUGGGAUGUGUAAUGUAUAUGAGCAUGUUUAUCUAUUUAAUUUGA